AUCUGAAUCAUAAUGAAUAAGUACUCUGUUCUGGCUCUGUUCUGUGUCCCAAUCAUAUUGGACCCUGCAAAAAUUGACACUUCUUUAUGAAUGUACACUUGCACUCCACUCAAAAUAACCGUUUCACCCGAAACCCUAGAUAUUAAAGACCAGACCUACAUACACAGAUAGCUUAUUAAUAUUAUCGUAAGCACAACUCGACAAUAUUGAUCAUAAUCAAUUUUCAGAUGCUCAUCACCCUUGAGGUUAUAUUCAAAAUAUGAAAUGGAUAUUGCAUUUGAAAAAAUGGAUACUAACAUAGUAACAUAUAUAAAUAUAUUGUAUUGUAACAAAGUCACUUAAACUAGAGCCUAGAUCAGAUCUUGUAUACUAUCUUUCUAAUGAAGACAAUCCUUGAUUCAUAAAUUUAGGAUCACACUUCGUCCAAGAAAAUUUUAAACCCAUCCCUCUUCUUCAUACCUCUUAUCUUCACACUAUUCUUCCUUUGUGGGGUCUAAGCCUCCAUGCAUGAAAUCACAACUCUGAUCCCAAUGUGAAAAUAACAUAUCAUAAUCGCAACUGUAAUAAUGCAGUGCACGUUCGAACGAUUUUUCAGUUUGAUGAGCAAAUAUAACGGAACCGCACGAGUGAAAACAAAAUGGCAAAGUAUUAUCAUAAUCUAAACCCCUCGUGAUGUAUUUUAUCAAAUAAAAAACUUGCCCAUCUCAUAACAAAAACAUCACAUUUAAUAUCUCUAUGGACCAUGGAUUCUUUACUAUCUAAGCUCUACAAUCGAUCAUCUAUUUAUACACAUGUUCUUCAGCAUUGUACUUCUCAUCACCACACAAUCUCUUUUCCUACUCAUCCUUCUCAUUUGACCUAUCUCCUUCUAUAUUCUAAAAUAAUGAAGAACAAGUUCAUAAAAGUAUGUGAAAACAAAUUGAAAACCAUGAAGAGCAAAUCCAUAGUCAUACCUUGUACUUCGUCUUUCUGUGAGGGUUGUUGCGAGAAGGUUGCUUGGGGGUUCAAGAAGGAAAAUGAAGCCAUACCUAAAGAUGUUCCAAGAGGACAUUUGGUAGUGUAUGUGGGUGAUGAUCACAAGAGGUUUGUGAUAAAGAUGAGUUUGCUUAAACAUCCAAUCUUCAAGGCAUUGCUUGAUCAAGCUCAAGAUGCUUAUGAUUUCAGUUCUGACACAUCAAGAUUAUGGAUUCCAUGCGAUGAAAACACUUUCCUCGAUGUCGUCCGUUGCAGUGGCGCUCCUCAGCAUCAAAGGAAGUGCAUUGGCAUGUACAUGUAAGAUUGAAGAUAUUUUCAUUUGAUUUUUGGUUUGUCAUCUGUGGAUCUAUGUUUCCAGAGAGAACUAAUAUUGAUUUAGAUAAUGGUGUACACUUCCUCACUAAGUAUGAUUAAUAAUAUUGUUAAGCAUAAGCAAGAUUCACUGAAAAAGCAAACAUCUACAAAUGUCACAACAUCUAAACUUUGACAAAGUAUUGUUUUUUUCUCUCGCACCAUUUCAAGACGAGACAUAAAGCAAAACGUUUCAGACACGGUUGCCUCUGUUCUGUGUCAUAUAAACGACCAGGAGCAAGUACAUUUUGAAACU